CUCGUGUUAAAUGCCCAUGUAUGUAUAUAACGCACGUUAAAUGAAAGUGCUCGAUGUUACAUAUUUUCUGGCGCGCAUUUGUAAUUAUCCAAAUUUGGUCAUAUUGAGCAUUCCCCAAACUUCAUGUUACAGCGAGUUCCCUAACUAAACCACCGAGCCCUACUAAAUGUCCUUUAGAAGCUUCACACCAGCACUCAAGUCGAGACCAUCUCGUCCUCCGCCUAGUUCACACUAUAGCCAUGCCAAUGAGCGAAGUCUCUCAGCUCAGCAUGAUGACGAGGAAUCAGAAAUACACGGACCAGAUGAUACUAGUAGAAGCCAUCAAAGAAAAAACAUCCACCCACCUAGAGGGGUUGCGUCCUCCCCGGUAUUCCGUAACCCAUUCCUUACCCAGCCAGCAUCCACAAGUACACGCAGUGGUACUCAGCCUCAUCACCGCGUGAAUACAAAACCAAUACCCGACGAAUUGAUCGAUCCCCACCUUCUUGAACAGUCGUCCGCCCGCAACAUUGGGGCAACUAUUAAAAAACUUGUUACCGAAGUCUCUGGCCUUCAGACUACUGUCAGCCGGCUUACCUCUGAAGUAAGGGAGCUUGUGAAAAUGAAUGGUCAACUAGAACAGGAAUGGUCAGAAAAACACGAAGCAUUGUUAGAAGAAGUGGCGGAGCUCCGUGGAGAGAUACUUAAGAUAAAGUCAACUUCUGACAGCGGGCCGAAGCAGCCUGCCAAAACUGGUCGCUUAACGGAACUUGAUAAAGCCAUCCGUAGCUGCUUUGAUCAUGCACAAGGUGUGAAAAAUGGGGACUACCAUCCUGCCGAAGAUGAUGGUGCCUUGUUUAUACAAGAACUGACAUCCGAUGGCCAAAUUGUGCACUGGGUUCGUCCAAAUUGGGGUGUAUCCUUCCAGGCAAAUGAAGAAUGGGUGCCCCAUGUAUUGAAAGUCCUUAAGAAGUACGGACCAAAGUAUUGCGGACUUACACAAGAAGAGAUCCUCAAAGUCCCUCGCAAUAAAAUUGUCAAAAAACUGCAUAACCGCUUCAAUAACAUCAAAAAGAAGAUAAGGAACCGGGCCUUACCUGAGCAUGUCCGAGACGAACUGAAGCGACGGGCUCGGCAUAGAAGUCGAGUACUCACCAAAGCUCAAAAUCGUCGACUUGUCCGACAUGCAUUCCCACCUCUGGUUGGCCCUGAAUAUGACUGGUUGUUCACCGGGCCCCACCAGAGCUCAGAUGAUUCCGAGUACUACGAUGAUGAGAAAGAGAUCUUGGAUCAAGGUGCAGUUAUGCCACUCAUCCGACGGCAAGCAGGCUACCUAAUCCCCGAAAUUGUCAUAUGGAAACAAGAACUUGAUGGCAAGUAUGAAGAGUAUAUUGCUCAGAUCCUUCAAACCCUCAAUCUUUUGGAUGCACCAAUUAAGUUCAGCGCACUCAGGAAAGAGAAUGGCCCUGAUACGAGAAUUCCUCGUGCCUUUGUUGAUCCUGAUUACUUGAAGCGCCAUCCAGAGAUGGACAGACCAUGGAUCAUACGCGAAUCAUUGGAGGAAGAGGGAAACCAUCACACGUUGGGAUUUCGCCACAUCCCGGAUGUGGGUUUGCCACCACAAGACCUAGACGAAGAUCCAAGUGAAGAUGAUGCUGCAGUUGAUGGAUCAACCAUUCCAAAGUCACCACCAAGGAAGAAGGUUAAGACUAAGAAGAGCUCGAGUGUGCUGCCGAGACCCCGUCCUAAUCUGAGAAGAAACGUGGCAGCAAGUAGCAAGAGGAAGGGGAAGCAAGUUGGAAUGUCAAGCCCCAUUCCGUACAGUGCAUCUGAGGAUUCAGAGGAAGAGCAAGCCGUUGAAGAGCCUGAUGGCAACGAAACUGAGUCAACUGACGGGCGAUUUCGGUGGAAUCGACAAGUGUGGAGAGCAGGUAUACCAGGGGGAGAAGUCAAAUAUCUUGAUAUUCGAAUGGCUUUCCUGCGAUUUAGCCAGGAUAUUUUCAGGAGGCAGUGA